GCCGGGGGCGGGGUCCGGCAGCGGCCGUCCCCCGGCCCGGCUAUAAUGUCGGGCCCCGGCGGGCAGCAGGCGGCGGGUGGAGAACAUGGACUUCGCCCGCCUGUGGCUAGGGUUGCUGCUGCCUUCGGUAGCCGCGCUGGAUUUCGGCUACCACCACCAGGAAGAGAUGGAAGCAUUUUUGAAGAAUGUGGCCCAAAACUACAGUUCUAUCACUCGCUUACACAGUAUUGGGAAGUCUGUGAAAGGCAGAAACCUGUGGGUUCUUGUCGUGGGGCGCUUCCCAAAGGAGCACAGAAUUGGGAUUCCAGAGUUCAAAUACGUGGCCAACAUGCACGGAGACGAGACUGUCGGGCGGGAGCUCCUUCUCCACUUAAUUGAACAUCUCGUAACCAAUGAUGGAAAAGACUUUGAAAUCACAAAUUUAAUCCGCAGCACCCGGAUACACUUCCUGCCUUCAAUGAACCCAGAUGGAUUUGAAGCGGUCAUAAAGCCUGACUGUUUUUACAGUAAUGGAAGGGAAAAUAAUAACUACUAUGACCUGAAUAGAAAUUUCCCCGAUGCUUUUGAAUUUAAUAACGUGUCAAGGCAGCCUGAGACUGUGGCUGUCAUGGAAUGGCUGAAAACAGAGACAUUUGUCCUCUCUGCAAACCUCCACGGCGGCGCCCUGGUGGCCAGUUACCCAUUUGACAAUGGUGUUCCAGCAACUGGGACGUUACACUCCCGUAGCUUAACCCCUGACGACGAUGUUUUUCAACACCUUGCACAUACCUACGCUUCAAGAAAUCCCACCAUGAAGAAAGGAGACCAGUGUAAAAACAAAAUGAACUUUCCUAAUGGAAUCACAAAUGGCUACUCCUGGUAUCCACUCAAAGGUGGAAUGCAAGAUUACAACUACAUCUGGGCCCAGUGUUUUGAAAUUACGUUGGAGCUGUCAUGCUGUAAAUAUCCUCAUGAGGAGAAGCUUCCAUUCUUCUGGAAUAAAAACAAGGCCUCAUUGAUUGAAUAUAUAAAACAGGUUCACCUAGGUAUAAAGGGUCAAGUUUUUGAUCAGAAUGGGAAUCCAUUACCCAAUGUAAUUGUAGAAGUCCAAGACAGAAAACAUAUCUGCCCUUACAGAACCAACAAAUUUGGAGAGUAUUAUCUUCUUCUCUUGCCUGGGUCCUAUGUAAUAAAUGUUACGGUCCCUGGACACGAUCCAUACCUCACAAAGGUGGUUAUUCCAGAAAAAUCCCAGAACUUCAGUGCUCUUAAAAAGGAUAUUUUACUUCCCUUCAGAGGGCAACUGGAUUCUAUCCCAGUAUCAAAUCCUUCAUGUCCUAAGAUUCCUCUGUAUAGUGAUUUGCCAAGCCACUCAGCUGCAACAAAGCCUGGUUUGUUCUUAUUUUUAGUGACUGUCUUUCACAUAUUUGUCAAAUAAAGCAAAAUGUGAAACACAACCCCCAUCAUCACCUGGAAUCAGGGAUUACUCAUGCCAGGUUACUGCAACUCUGUUAAAUCCCUCUGUGGGACCUUGACUCAAGAAACGCCAUGGUCCUUCCCUAAGAAGAGAAAUGGUUGUUUUCAAACCACAACAAGCAAUGUGUGGUGAUAACAAAGGAAUGAUUUAAUCUUGAUGAAUGGAAGAAACCUACCUUUCAGGUACUGUCCACUACACUUAACCUUGAAGUUGUCUUAGAAAUUUAACUUGAGAAUCAAGAAAGAAGUUCCUGCAAGAAAAAAAUGGAGCAAAUUUUGUAUACAGAGCCAGAUGAAUAUAAGCAAUGAAGAUGAACAUUCACUGAUAACCUACUAUCUACAAAACCUGGCCAUGAGUGCUAUAUGUGAAGACAUAGUAAGUGCCAUAUGUAAUUACUUCUCAGCACAGGGAGAAAUGACAGGACUGGGAAUAUUUCACGUCACAGAUGUUCUAAGGAAAUAGGAGUGGAGAGAGGCAACCGUGUCUCAGGGCCCAAGAAAAACAAUAUGGGCCUGAUGGGAUGACAAGGUUCUAUAUACAGAGCCCCAAAACAACAGGUCAGUUAAACCUUUCCGCACUCAGAUGCCACAGUUUUGUUAUGCUGAGGACCGCCAAAUGUGUAACUCUAGCAUCUUGCCUGAGCCUCAAACUCAAGCCCAACUUCCCACUGUACAUAUCCACCUGGAUGUGACCCACUGGUACCUCAAACUCAUCAUGUUGAAAUGGGACAUAUUUUUCUCCCUGGAGCUGCUCUUCCCCCUGUAUUGUCUCUGGUUCCAGUGAACUAGAAACCCGAGAGUCAUCCUUGAUGCUUUCUCCUCCUCAGCCCGUAUAUUCAGUCAGUCACUAAAGAUUGAUGUGAAUUAUAAAUGUUGGUUGAUUCUCCCUCUCUCUGUGGCUGGUAACAUUGUCAGUUUAGGCCAUCAUGACUCACUGCCCCCACUGCAGCAGUCUUACUGGUCUCUUGCGCCCAGCCUUCUCCUCUUCAAAUCCAUCUUCACACAGCACUGGGGAGGAAGGUCUACUCAACAAGCAACAACAAUCAACUUGCUUAUAGUUCCUGUACACUUAAUGCACGGUUUGUGUCCCGUAUCUGAACACCAUUCUGACCCACCACUACAUUUUCUUUCCCACUCCUUUAAAACUCAGUUUAGGUGUCAACUCCUCCAGGAAGCCUUUGCUGACAUUCAUCCCUCCCAGUCAAUCUGGGAACCUUUCCUCUUUGGUACUCAAAUGGGUUACCUCUAUUAUGAAUUUACAACUGUAUUAUAAUCUUCUACUUUCAUGUGUGAUUUUCCCUAAUAGAAUGUGAGCUUUGAGGCCAGGGUCUAUUUAAUUAGUUUGAAAAAUUCAUUUUUUUUUUUAAUCUUCAGAGCCCAGUACUUAGUAGAAACUGAACGAAUGAGUGAACAAAGAGUUCUAUGAACCUACUACACCCAGUGUCUCCCAGAAACUUGUGUUGGGCUUUGAGUCAUUUUGUCAAAUGAGGUCCUAUGCUUUGGCAAUCUCUAGCUCAGUAGCAACACUGACAGAAGAGUUUUCAAAUACGUAUCAACAAAUAAAUUCAAAUAUGGUGGUGUUAUUACGCUUUGCAUUUAUCCUAAGGUUCAUAGUAAAUGUAUUAUGUUACCUGUUAAGAACACAAACUACCUUUUAAUCAGAAAACAAAAUUUUUACCAUUAGUACUCAAUUGAAACAACUGUUCUCCACUAUCAUGAGAGUUAACCUAUCUUAAAACAUUUUAUGUAAGAAUUAAGGGGGAAACAUCAAAACAAAAAAUAGCAACUCCUAAGCAGAUUUCUAAGUGCUAUGCAUUGCUCAUGGAAUAUGAGUUGCCUUGGUUCUUUAAAUUGAAAGUUCUCUAGGAUCUGAAAACAAAGCUAUGCUGUGCUUGGUAUGUGAUGAAUGCGUGAGAACCACAAAUGAGUGGGAGAUACCUGGGCACUUAGGAGCUAUUCCUGUGCCAAUCAUACUUGUUCAUCUAAACAGAAUUUGUAGCCUUUUUAUCUCUUAUAAAAUCUGGUAAUAACUUGAAUAUCUGAUUUUUUAUUUAAAUAAAUAAUUUAUUAUGUA